CGGUUGGAACCUAUGACGUCUUGUAGUUGUCUGAAGAUCCUUCAAUCACUAUGUCAAGCGACGCAGAUGUUUCUCUUUCUUCAUAUGAUGAAGAUCACGGAUCUAAACUUAUCCGAAAAGCUAGAGAGGCACCAUUUGUCCCCACUGGAAUGGCAGGUUUUGCAACAAUCGUUGCAUAUAGAUUAUAUAAAUUGAAGAGCAGGGGAAAUACUAAAAUGUCUGUUCACCUGAUCCACAUGUGCAUGGCAGCCCAAGGCUUUGUUGUGGGAACAAUGACUCUUGGUAUGGGCUAUUCCAUGUAUCGAGAAUUCUGGGCAAAACCUAAACCUUAGAAGAGGAGACGUUGUCUUGGUCUCAUUGGUGGUGCUUGCUUUAGUUAGACAUCUCAUAUUGAGGUUAUAUGUUUAUGUUGAAAAUAAAUUCUUUGGGUCGGACAAUAACAUGGUAAUUUGAAUACUGGCUUCCUUUCUUGCAGGCUUGAUUUGCCUGGUGACCAGUUUACUGGUGAUUAGUUCACUAGCUAGGUCAUUCAGGAGAGUCAGAUUAGCACAAAAACAUGUCAUUUUAAAAUGCACUUGAUAGUGGUACAAUGUCCACCUUCUUAAACUCUUCUGAUGAAAUUAGUUGUAAAGAGGACAACAUGCCAAUCCUGAUAAUGCUCCCAGUUGCUGCAGAAUAUCAUAUGCUUUUGAUGUAAUAUAGGAAUCCUAUUUACCCCAGUUAAUUUAACUCUUUCUGACUGCCUUGUGGACUGAGUACUGUUUUAAGGGCUGGUUGGCUCUUGAGGAACCCUUUCAGAACAGUGCACAGAAUACAACAUUAUAAACCUCCUGGCAACUAUAUGUGUGUUUUUAAGCCAAACCUAAAAAGCUGGUAAGAGAGCUGCUUUGAAGUAGUAUUUAUUUCAGAAUCAUAGUUGUAAACAUGAGAAUAACUUAACUGUAGAUCCCCAUUUAGCUCUUUUGUAAUUGCAGAAUUAUAUUUUGCUGCUGUUAUAUUAGAAUAAUUUUUGUGUCAUUUUGAAAUAGAAAUAUGAAUUUUAAGUGCCAAUGCAAGGGUAAAUGAAAAACACUUUUUAAAUGUGUGCACUAUGUUUAUUUUCUCUGUAAGAAUCAUAAAUGUUAAACUAAAUAAAUUGCCUAUAAUGUAAGUGAUUUAUGAGCAAGCUGGUUUGGUCAGACAUUAUACAAACUUUGGUAUACUACAGAAUGCUUUGUUGUACUUGUGAAAUUCUCUUGUCUAACCUGAAUUUACAUUCCAUGAUGAUAACAUGGUAAAUGCAGUGUUAUUAAAGUAAGUGAACACAUCAAAAAA